AUGUCGGAGGGUAGCCUGGAGUAUGACUCGACUCCCAAGGCCGAACUUGCAGCAAAAGGUCAGGAACCUGACGGCAAAGGGACAGCAUGGGAGGUCGAUGACGCGCCGAAGCCAUACAUCGAAAUCAUGAAGAAAGCGAUCAUUGGGAUUGAGAUCGAAGUCAAGAGUAUGGUGGGCAAGUGGAAGAUGAGUCAAGAGUUGAAAGCUGAAGAUCGGAAGGGUGUAAAACCCGGUUUGAGAGAAAUGAUUGACGAGAUAAGCAGGGUCGUUGCCGAUAUUGUCGAAAUGAAGAGCAUUGAUAUAUCGCGUCACUAA